AUGGCGGCCGGGGCGCUGCUGCGGGGGAGCGGGGCCCGCUUCCGCCCCUUCUGCGAACAGGGGGCCGCUUCCCGCCUUUUUCCCCUCAGGGGCCUGGUGUCAUCCAGUAACCGAUCUGGUGAAGACAGCUGGUUGAAAUCAUUGUUUGUCCGCAAAGUCGAUCCCAGGAAAGAUGCUCACUCCAACCUCUUAGCCAAAAGGGAGACCAGCAGUCUCUAUAAAAUACAGUUUCACAAUGUCAAACCAGAAUGCCUAGACUCCUACAACCAACUUUGUCAAGAGGUGCUGCCAAAGAUCCAUGAAGGGAAGGAGUAUCCAUGUACACUGGUGGGGACGUGGAACACGUGGUACGGAGAGCAAGAUCAGGCUGUCCACCUGUGGCGGUACGAGGGAGGCUACCCAGCCCUUACAGAGGUCAUGAGCAAGCUUCGACAUGAUAAGGAGUUCAUGGAGUUUCGCAAAGCGAGAGGAAAUAUGCUUCUUUCGCGCAAGAAUCAGCUGCUUCUGGAGUUCAGUUUCUGGAAUGAACCAGUUUCCAGGCCGGGGCCCAAUAUCUAUGAACUACGGUCCUACCUACUUCGUCCUGGAACAAUGAUUGAGUGGGGAAACUACUGGGCCCGUGCCAUUCGUUUCCGACAAGACAACGAAGAAGCCGUUGGAGGCUUUUUCUCGCAGAUUGGGCAGCUGUAUAUGGUCCAUCACCUCUGGGCUUACAAAGAUCUUCAGUCCAGAGAAGACACAAGAAACUCUGCAUGGCAUAAGCCUGGAUGGGAUGAGCUUGUGUACUACACAGUGCCCCUGAUUCAGGAAAUGGAAUCCAGAAUUAUGAUACCAUUGAAGAUUUCUCCUUUGCAGUGAAGUCACAUUGAACAGCUCCUGCCUAUAGAUUUGAAUCGACCAGUAUGUCUUCUUUAGUUCAUUUGACAGUAUGCGUGUGACAACAGAAACAUUGAUUUUUGAAA